GGCCGCCAUUCGAUGUGCGCAACUAAUUUGGGAAAGAGGUAUUCUUGGAAAAGGCCCAGGAAUUUGUCAUGGAGUUGCAGGCAGUGGAUAUGCAUUUCUAUUACUCUACAGGCAGACCCUCGAAAAUGGAUGGCUUGAGAAGGCAAAAGUUUUUGCUUUAAUCAUGAUGAGUGAAAAUUUUAGGAAUGCUGCUCGGACACCUGAUUGUCCUUGGAGUUUGUUUGAGGGUUGGGCGGGAUCGCUUUGUUUUUUAAUUGAUUUGCUUACACCGACAAAAUCCCAAUUUCCUUUGCUCCCAUUGAAUUUCAAAAAUUAG